AUGGCUUCAAAGGAACAUAAGAUACUUCUUUUAGGCUCAGGGUUGAUGGCUGAAGCUGUUGUCGACUAUCUGCUAAAAAGAUAGGAAAAUCAUAUCAUGAUAGCUUCCAACAUUGAAAAAGAUGCUUAAACUCUUGCAUAAAAAAAGUAAAGAUGCUAAAGUGCAUACGUUGAUGUAACUAGCGAGGAUAGCUUAACUCCAUUGAUAUCUAACUGCGAUUUAGUUAUUAGCUACGUUCCUGCAAUAUUCCAUCCUAACGUUGCUAAAGUUUGCAUUGCUUAAAAAAAGAAUUUAGUUACUGCUAGUUAUAUUUCUCCUGGAAUGGCUGCCUUUGAUGAGGAAGCCAAAAAGCUUGGCUUAACUUUCUUAAAUGAGAUAGGUUUAGAUCCAGGUAUUGACCAUCUUGCAACAAUGAAAACUGUAGACGAAGUUGCAGAAAAAGGAGGAAAAAUUUUAGAAUAUGAAUCAUGGUGUGGUGGUCUUCCUUCUCCGGAAUUUGUAGAUAAUCCUUUAGGGUAUAAGUUUAGUUGGUCUCCUAUUGGAGCUAUAGGUGCAUUAAGAAAUGAUGCAAAGUUCCUUGAAAACAACGAAGUAAAGACUGUUUCUGGUAAAGAUUUAUUAUACGUCGCUGAAGAAAAGGAUAUUAAUGUAGCACUUAGAUUAGAAGGAUAUCCUAACAGAGAUAGCUUAUAGUACAAAUCUCUUUAUAACUUAGUUGAUUGUCAUAAGGUUUUAAGAGGUACAUUAAGAUACUCAGGUUUCUCUACUAUUAUGAAUGGAUUCAAAGAAAUUGGUCUCUUUGAAAACGAUAAAGACUGCAAAGAUGAAACUUGGGUUGAAUUCCUUACUAGACUUUUAGGAGAUAGUCAUAAGGAAGCUUGCAAUUUAAUAAAACAAAUUAUAGAUGAAAGUGGUUUCGAUGGAAUAGAAAAGUAAUUAACCACCCAAAUUAUUAACAAGGCUUUAGCCAAUAAGAAUUAUACAGCUCUUAGUGAAGAAAAAAAAACAAAAAUUGCCAAACUCAUGAUAAAAUCUUUAAAGCAUUUUAACUUCUUCUGUAACACCAUGAAAACUAGCCAUGAGAAAAGUAGAAUUGAGAAUUUUGUAGCUUUACUUGAAAAAAAACUCACUCUUGCUCCCGGUGAGACAGAUCUCGUUGUCAUGUAGCACUCUUUUAAAAUUUAAUACAAGGAUUCUCCUAAAAUUGUAACAAGAAAGAGCACACUAAUAAUGAUAGGUGAAAAGAAUGGAAAGUCUGCUAUGUCAGUAACUGUAGGUACUCCAAGUGCUAUUGCAGCAUAAUUGAUCCUUGAUAAGGUAAUAACCGACGUCGGAGUUCUAAUGCCAAAUAAGAAAUCAAUAUAUGAACCCAUUUUACAUGCACUUGAAGAGAUAAAUAUUAGGUGUGUUGAAACUGAAGAGUGA